AUGUCGUUCGGAGGCCAAGCACCCACCAUCAUUGUCCUCAAAGAAGGAACCGACACCUCCCAGGGCAAAGGCCAGGUCGUCUCCAACAUCAAUGCCUGCUUAGCAGUCCAGGCCACCAUCAAGCCCACUCUGGGCCCCUAUGGCGGCGACCUGCUCAUGGUCGACGAGAAUGGCAGGCAGACAAUCACAAAUGAUGGCGCCACCGUCAUGAAGCUCCUCGACAUCGUCCACCCCGCCGCCCGCAUCCUCGUCGACAUUGCCCGCUCCCAGGACGCCGAGGUCGGUGACGGAACCACCUCGGUCGUCGUCCUCGCCGGCGAGAUCCUCAAGGAGGUCAAGGACCACGUCGAGCAGGGCGUCAGCUCUCAGAUCAUCAUCAAGAGUCUGAGGAGGGCCUCCCAGCUAGCCGUCAACAAGAUCAAGGAAAUCGCCGUCAGCACCGACGAGGGCAACCACCGCGAAACCCUCUCCAAGCUAGCCGCCACCGCCAUGACCAGCAAGCUGAUAAAGCGAAACACGGAGUUUUUCACAAAGAUGGUCGUCGACGCUGUCCUGUCCCUCGACCAGGACGAUCUCAACGAAAAGCUCAUCGGCAUCAAAAAGAUCCCCGGUGGUUCUCUGACCGACUCCCGCUUUGUCAACGGUGUCGCCUUCAAGAAAACCUUUUCCUACGCCGGCUUCGAGCAACAACCAAAGUCCUUCAAGAAGCCAAAGAUUGUCUGCCUCAACGUUGAGCUCGAGCUCAAGGCCGAAAAGGACAACGCCGAGGUUCGCGUCGAGCAGGUUUCCGAGUACCAGGCUAUUGUCGACGCCGAGUGGCAAAUCAUCUACAAGAAGCUCGAGGCAGUCUCAAAGACGGGCGCAAAGGUGGUCUUGAGCAAGCUUCCUAUUGGCGACCUGGCCACGCAGUUCUUUGCCGACCGGGACAUCUUCUGCGCCGGGCGUGUCGCCUCCGAGGACAUGGAGCGCGUCGUCCAGGCCGCCGGCGCCACCGUCCAGUCGACGUGCUCGGAUAUCCUCCCCGAGCACCUCGGCACUUGCGGGACCUUUGAGGAGCGCCAGAUUGGCGGCGAGCGUUUCAACUUCUUCGAGGAGUGCCCCGAGGCCAAGACGUGCACACUGGUGCUGCGCGGCGGAGCUGAGCAAUUCAUUGCCGAGGUGGAGCGCUCGCUGCACGACGCCAUCAUGAUUGUCAAGCGCGCCAUCAAGAACAACCUCAUUGUCGGCGGCGGCGGCGCUGCCGAGAUGGAGGUUUCGGCGUACCUGCACCGCUUCGCCGACGAGAAAAUCACCCACAAGCAACAGGCCAUCAUUAAGUCGUUUGCCAAGGCCCUCGAGGUCAUCCCCAGGCAGCUGUGCGACAACGCCGGCUUCGACGCCACCGACAUCCUCAACAAGCUGCGCGUCGAGCACCGCAAGGGCCGCACCUGGGCCGGCGUCGACUUCGACAACGAGGGCGUGGCCGACAUGAUGGAGCGCUUCGUGUGGGAGCCUGCCUUGAUCAAGGUCAACGCCAUCCAGGCUGCGACCGAGGCCAGCUGCUUGAUCCUCAGCGUCGACGAAACCAUCCAGAACGAGGAGAGCGCCAAGCCCCAGGCGCCAGGCCAGUUGCCGCCGGGGGCUGCCCAACGGGCCGUCAGGGGGCGGGGACGGGGCAUGCCGCGCCGGUGA